GGAAGGUGAUAUGGAAGCGGGGGGUUCAGCUAUUGUGACCUGCACUGGAUGUGCCAUGUUUGUCUUUCUUCCACAGGACAGAAGCGACUUUGUCUGUACAAAGUGCAAGCUAGUAUCCAUAUUGGAAGAGAAGAUCAAAGAUCUGGAGCUACAGAUAUCGACCCUGCGUUGCAUACGAGAAUCUGAGGAUUUUCUGGAUAAAAGUCAGGAUAUGCUUCUACGGGCACAAAGCUCUAAAGAUUUAGAGCAGGUUGCACAGCGGAGCCAAGAGGCCAGUGAGGAAGCUUGGCAACAUGUGACCUCCAGAAGAAGAAGGGGGAGUGUCCGGGUACCAGCAACACAAACACAGGUAAGUAACCGUUUUCAUGUUCUCUCCACAGGUACCAUUGUGGAGAGUGGACCAGAUGAUACAUCUGGGGGGAGAAAGCAGAAGGAGACUCCGCUGGUUGGAAGACAUGAGAUGCUCUGUCCUGAGGUUGGGGCUUCCACGACCACCACUCCCAAGAGAAGGAGGCGGGUGGUGGUGGUCGGGGACUCUCUCCUCAGGGGGACUGAGUCAUCUAUCUGCCGCCCUGACCGGGAAAACAGAGAAGUCUGCUGCUUGCCAGGGGCUAAGAUUCGUGAUGUGACGGAGAGACUGCCGAGACUCAUCAAGCCCUCGGAUCGCUACUCCUUCCUGCUUCUCCACGUGGGCACCAAUGAUACUGCCAAGAAUGACCUUGAGCGGAUCACUGCGGCCUACGUGGCUCUGGGAAGAAGGAUAAAGGAGUUUGAGGCACAAGUGGUGUUCUCGUCCAUCCUCCCAGUGGAAGGAAAAGGCCGGGGUAGGGACCGUCGAAUCGUGGAAGUCAACGAAUGGCUAUGCAGGUGGUGUCGGAGAGAAGGCUUUGGAUUCUUUGACCAUGGGAUGGUGUUCCAUGAAGGAGGAGUGCUGGGCAGAGACGGGCUCCACCGAACGAAGAGAGGGAAGAUCAUCUUUGCGAGCAGGCUGGCUAACCUAGUGAGGAGGGCUUUAAACUAGGUUCACUGGGGGAAGGAGACCAAAGCCCUGAGGACUGGAAUUGGACACUUCAUACUCUUGGGGAGAGACUUUCCAAGGGCACAUAGAACCUGUUUAAUGCACAAGCUGCUGGGGUAGAUCUGUAACUAGCGAGUCUUUCUGGUUGAAUCAAGAAGAAUUCAGCAGCAAAGGGCCUAGUGGGCAAACAAAGAAAUGGAGACUCGACACAGUUCAAAGCAUGUCUGAAUGCAUCAUUUCCUUACAGACUCUCCUGACAAUGGGUUUCCUCUGCUUCUUACUCAUCAGAAAUCAUCCCAGAUUGGUAAAUUCAAGAACGGAUACACUUUUUACACCUCUAAUCAUCUGUGAGCAUCCAAACCAAGAAGCCAGUCCGCAGCAUGCGUGUGCUGUGCAAAAUGGAAACUGGCUAGCCAGCUAAGUGGGCUGACUAGGGACUGUGAUCACAGCGACACAUUCCCAGUUGUGAACCUUGAGCCAUGGGAGAACUCAGCUGUGAGUGGCGCCCGUGAGGCCAGGCCCUCCUUGCUGCUCCCACCAAAGUCUCGGUGGAGCAGAAUUCAGCCCCAAUGGAGGUCACUGAUGCUGCCCUGAAACUUUGCUCCUCCACAGUCCCCUUUCUGGAGGGGACAGCAUUUUUAGCAGCAUCAAUGAUCAAAGCCUGAAAUAUAACAAAGCUGCUAGAAUAGUGUGGGCUUGGAAACUGAGGCAGGGGCAUGAGGCGAAGGGAAAGGGGAGCCAGGAGAAGGAGAGGAGGGAGACAUACAAGCUUUCUCUGGGGAGAGGAGGCAGCUGGGUGUGGCUGGCAGAGGGUCAGGAAUGGAACUGGCAGCAACAGCUGCAUGAAAGGAGCUGGAAUGCUCUGGGGCAAAGGAGCAGCAAGCCCCAGACCCAGAGCGCCUCAGUGGUGGUCUAGGAGUGCUGGAGCAUCCCUGUAGGCUCUCAGGCAUGGCAGUUUGGAAGGGAAUGCAGGGGGAGGGAUGGUCGUGGGGGUGAGGGGCUCACUCUGUGGAGUGUUCAGUGGAUAUUCUCCCCUUCGGGUCACCUGCCCCGUCCACCCAGCCUGGAUGGCUACGUGCUCCACAGAGGCAGUGGCUCUGGCAGGGAGACAGACACUCAAGCCAGCGGUUGCCUCUGCUGCCUCAGGCUUCUCCCUCAUCCCCAUGGCAGUGCUGGGUGGGUGCAGGUCCUGGCUGGCUCCCCUGCACGGCACUUGGUGGCCUGGCUUAGGUUACCUGGGCCUGUGGUAACAGCCAUACCGCAGGGGUGGGUGUGUCAGCCAUGAGAGGCAGACAGAUCCCCCAGAGCUGCCCGGCUUGCUGGGCUGCUGGAGCCCAGGCCUGGAGCAGGACCAGUUGCUGGCUGUGUGCCUAUGGCAGCACCUCCAGUGGGGGGAUACCUAGUGCUAAGAGGAGGACUUCACUUGCAGCCUACAUUCCUGAGAGAUUGGCCUGGCCCCACCUUCCUGCCCCCACUCCCAAUAGAGACACACAAUGACACGUACAGACAGACACAAAUCUAUCGGUGUCUGCACCAAACUCCAGCCUGGACCUGCCAAAACCUGAGGGUCCAGACACCACACGAACAAGGGGUCUGAACCCCAACCAAUAAGCAAUUGAAUCAGCUGGUUGUAUACAACAUUAUCAUCUAUAAACACAUGCCAUGUAAGGUCUUGUAUGAAGGCGUGUAACAUUCUGAGCAUGGUGGUCGGUAUGGAUAUGCAGACAUAUGAAUUUAUGUUUGUGUAGGUAUCAAAGUGUGCUCCUAAUCUGUGCUGCGACAUUCACGCCACCUCACAGCAGGGAGGGGGUCAGCAAGAAGCGAGGGGCAGCCUCCCCAGCCAGGUGACACUAGCCAUAGGCGCCAGCUUCCUCCGGGCCUGGGGGGGUGUUCAACCCCCAGCUCCGCCCUAAGACCCGCCGCCACCCAACCCCUUCCCCACCAGCCCACAUCUCCAUCCUAUCUCUUCCCAGCCCUGCUCUACCCCAGGUCCUGUCCCCACCCCACCCCUUCUCCCAAGUCCCCACCCCACCUCUUCCUGCCCUGCCUCUGCCCGGUCUCUUCCCACUCAAUCCCAUGAGCAUGCCCCACCCCAUCCCCACUCCUCCCCCCUCCUUCCCAACACCUCCUGCAAAACAGAUGAUUGCGGCGGGUGGUAGGCGCUUGGAGAGAUGGGGUGUAGUGAGGCACUGGGGGGAAGGAGGGGAGCGGCUUGGAGCCUAUGACACUAGCUCCAAGCACCUUGCAUUGUCCAACCCAGAAACAGACAAGUGAUAGGGAACCACUGAUACAACUUGAAACUGAAAAGAAAACCCCAGACUUGCAAAAUGAAGGGCUUGUCAUCACGUACAACCCUACAGUGGCAUAGCUUCAGAGAAGAGGCUCCCACAGCUCUCCCGUCAGCGUAGUGAAUCCACCUCUGUGAGAGGCCAUAGCUAUGUUGAUGGGAGAAGCUUUCCCGCUGACACAGCACUGUCUACAUGGGGGGUUAGGCUGGUGUAACUACGUAGCCUAGGGGUGUGGAUUUUUCACACCCGAGCAAUGUAGUUAUCCCGAUAUAGGGCUGUAGUGUAGACAUGGCCUAAGAAAGGAGGGAAUUUCCCUACCGUGAAUCAUCAUCAUAGGGUGAGAGAGAGAAAAAAAACCCUGCAAAGCCUAUUAAAGGGGAAGGGGUUUGAUGUGUAGGCUAGCCGGAUGCUGAGGGCCAGCAUCCAAGUGGGGUGCUGUUCAUGCAGUGCUGGAUCCCCUCUAGGACAGAGGGCAUGCUGGGAAAGUGAGCAAUGGCAAUAGGUAACGUGUUAGAAAAGGGAAUUUUAUCUACUGUAUAAGUGUGAAACCCUGAGGGUUUGUCUUUAUGUUUAUUUUCUGGGUAACUUGCUGGGUUUGCUGUCCUUCACCAACCCAUCUCUGAAUCGGGGGCUCUUCUAGUCAAUGAACCUUUUGCUAUUUUUCACCUAGGCAGGUCUCUGUGGUGCAAACUGUGUGGAGUGUGGGUCCCAAAGAGAACUGAUAACGGGGAGCAGAGCAGAGGGGGAAAGUGAAAGUGUCUGGCAGUUAAGAACUCAGUGCAGAUUGUUUUGGGGGCACUUGGAACUGGAAGGGCUGCUGAGGUCACCUUGCAAGGAGUGACCAGGGUGAGACCUUUAUGCUGGUAAGCUGGCUACCGGUGCCAAGGCUCUGAGCCAUGGCAGCAUGGCAAUAAGGCACCCAGCGAUACAGGGCAGGAGGUGGCAGAACUCCUUACUGUCCUGGGUGAUCCUCAAAACAUCACAGACACACAGAUAGACAGACAGACGCAUACACACAGACACAUACUGACACACAGACACACUGAUAGACAGGCGCACACCCAGAGACACACUGAUACAGACACAGAGAGACACAGGCACACACACAGAGACACACUGAUACAGAUACACACACAGAGACACCCUGAUAGACAGACAGACAUGCUGACACAGACACACUGAUACAGACACACACACGCACUGACACAGACACACUGAUAGACAGACAGACACACACACGCACUGACACAGACACACUGAUAGACAGACAGACAGACACACACACACACACACACAUGCAAAUCAAUCUGGUCUGCUUCAGGCACCAUCCAGGAGCUUGCAAAAGCUGCUUCCUUCCAUCCUUGCUGGUGCCAGGCUGAAUGGGCCAUGCCCCUUGACUCUUUCUAGCUUCUCACCCCCCUGUCCCGCACAGCCCCAUUCACCCCAACCUUGUCUCUCCUUUCUCAUAUGAGGACUGAACAGUCGUUCACUUUUGCUGAAGUUGCUGCAAAAUGUCUUUAGACAUUUUAUUAAAUGUUUAGUUAGGAGGGAAUGACUUCAGGGGGAGCUGCCCCGAUGUCUGGAGCUAAGUUUGCCUAACACUUCCCGUUAUCAGUUGCUCAGAACUUUGCCAGACUUUACCUGUUUGGCUGAAAUAUUCCCUACGCUCUGCCUCAGACAGUAUCUACCUUGCUAGCUAGUCAGUUAGUAAAAGUCUGAACAAAAAUGGUUCAGCUGUUUCCAACGACAGGCCAAAAUAAAUUGCCUCACUACUGUUAAAGACUAUUCCAGCCAUUUUUUGGAAAAGCUCUAGAGCUUCCAUGCUGGUGAACAGGGGCUUGGACUUUCAUAGGGAUAUCACGUUCAGGUCAACAAGGUGCCUCUUGCUGGCCAUAUACAAUCCACUCAAGCUUGGUUGAAGUAUAACCCUCCAAAAAUCUUUGUUUGCCUGUGCUCACUAGCGUCUGGUAGCCACUUGCUGAUAAAUUCUUGGAACAGUCCUUAUGCACUGAGCACGCUCCCCAGUGCCACUGACCAUCACCUGCACAGGCCAAUUGCACAGAGAGUGCCCUCGGGCCCAACAGAGCUGGAGCUCCAGAGUGGACACAGGUGCAGCAACUGCAGCCAGAUAUACUUUGGCCUAAAGGAAGAAAUGCUGAGCUGAGAACUAGGAGGAGACCAUGAAAUCUGGGGCCUGACUUUCCACCGGCUACACCUUGUGCCGUUAUUUGCGGCUGUGCAAAGUGGGUAUAAAAUGUUGCCAGCUUGGAUAUAAUACCCACUUUGCAGGUGAAAAUGACAAUAUAAGAGGCUGGACAAUGGAGAAGCUGGCCUCUAAUUUCAGCUCUUACAUUCGGUGGUACUGAUAAUUCUGUGCCCUUCACAGCAUGUGCACAGGCCCCCAUCUGAGAAGCAGGUAAGUAGUAUAAUGACCCCAUUAUACAGAAAGAUUGCACAAGGUCUCUUCUGGCAGCGCUAGGUAGCAGACCUAAGGCUCAUCCCUGUCUUUCAAAAUGGCUGUGCCAAAUCUAUGUGCUUGGCUGUGCUGUUUGUAAUCACCAGCCCACACACCUCUCCAAUGCCAAGCAUAGAACCCAGGAACGCUGUGUUAGGAUAUAGAUAUUCAGUCCUGUCUGUAAAGGUCUAUACUCUAAGAAUUUAGGUGUAUUCUUAUCACUUAGCUAGUUAUAGAGGUAUAAAAGAAAGAAUCAAAAUCACUGUCUGCUGGUGUAAGGGCCUUCUCUUACUGUGACAGUCUGAGGCCCUGUGCUUAGGCUAAGAUCUUUGGCAAAGCAGCAGAGGCAGCCAUAAGCUGGGAAGCGAACGGUCAGAUCCUCACAUUCCAAACUAGUCACAUUGAAAUAAGGUGCUAUUGGGCCGAUAAUGCCGAUCGCCUCCAGAGAAAGGGAAGUGCCUAGAAGAUGUAAAAGGAAACUUAGUUUGAUAGCAUCCUGUCUGGCAAGAACUCACUUAUCAAUAGCUGUGAUGUGAAAUCCUCAUUUCUGUGUUUGUUCUAUCACUGUAGUCCCCAUUUCCCUAUUGUUUGUCUGUAUAAUCUCUGCCUGGUUCUGUGAUUGUUUCUGUCUGCUAUAUCAUUAAUUUUGCUGGGUGUAAACUAAUUAAGGUGGUGGGAUAUAAUUGGUUAAAUAAUCAUGUUACAAUAUGUUAGGAUUGGUUAGUUAAAUUUCAGGAAAAUGAUUGAUUAAGGUAUAGCUAAGCAGAACUCAAGUUUUACUAUAUAGUCUGCAGUCAAUCAGGAAGUGAGUGAAUGAGUGGGGGAAAUGGGAACAGGGAAUGGGGGUGGGGAAAUUGGAAUCAUGUUUAGCUAAGAGCAGGAAUGGGAACAGGGACACAGGUAAGGCUCUGUGGUGUCAGAGCUGGGAAGGGGGACACUAAGGAAGGAAACUGGAAUCAUGCUUGCUGGAAGUUCACCCCAAUAAACAUUGAAUUGUUUGCACCUUUGGA